AUGUCAAAAAGCGACACGGAACCUAGCGCCUUCCAAACUUGGUGCCAGGCCUCACCACACGCCUCUCACCAAACCCUGAGACAAACCCUCAUCCCAGCUCUCCUCGACGCCAUCGCCAAGGUCGGCCAGGCCCUCCGCACCGCCCACCACGUCUCGCUCGCCGGCACCGCCAACGCCUUCGGCGACGACCAGCUCAACGUCGACGUCGCAGCCGAGGCCAUCAUCCGCGCCGCCCUCGCCGCGUGCCCGUCCGUCGCCACGGCCAGCAGCGAGGAGGACCCCGUCGAGCGCCGCGUCCACGACGACGAGCAAGCAUGCUACACGGUGGCCUUUGACCCGCUGGACGGCAGCUCCAUCAUCGCGCCCAACUGGAGCGUCGGGACCAUCAUCGGCAUCUGGGAGGGCCGCUCGGCGCUCUCGCAGCGCCCGUCGCAGAAGCAAGUCGCCGCGAUACUGGGCGUGUACGGGCCGCGCACCACGGCCGUCGUGGCGAUACGCACGCCCGGCGCCGAGCCGGCGUGCUUCGAGAUGGGACUCUCGGACGCCGGCGCGCAGGGCCACGACGUGGUGCGGCCCGCGGUGCGCCUGGCCUCGCCGCCCUUUGCGACGCGGUACUUCGCGCCGGCCAACCUGCGCGCCGCCGCCGACGACGACGGCUACAUGAGGCUGGUGGCGCACUUCAUCCGGAGCAGGUACACCCUGCGGUACAGCGGCGGGCUGGUCCCGGACGUGGUGCACGCCCUGGUCAAGGGCCACGGCGUCUACGUGUCGCCCGUCACGGCGCGGAGCGGAGCGAAGCUGCGGAAGCUGUACGAGCUCUUCCCCGUUGCGCUGGUCGUCGAGUGCGCGGGGGGCAGGGCCGUCGAUCCUGUGAACGGGCGCGACGUCCUCGCCGAGGGUGUGGCCGAGUGCGACCUGCGCGGCGGGCUGAUCUGCGGCACGGCCGAGGAUGUCGAGCACGCGAAGCGCGAGCUGGGGCUGUCUUGA